AUGUUUUUUGAGACAGGAGCAGUCCCUCCUAUCUUGAAAGCUGCAACUAGUCUAAUACCCGUUUCAGGUAGAGGAUGCUCGAAAAUCCAUCAAGAGCUUCAACCAUCCAUCAAUGCAUUAAAUUCCAUACAGAUUAAAGAAGUUCAUGCUCCUAACAACACUGUGAAUGAUCCUCCUCACGAUAAUGUUGUUGCUAAAGGACAUGUUCUCGAGUCAACCAAUAUCUCGGAUGAUCAUGCUCCAAAUUUUAUGAGUGUUUUAGAUGUCUCCUCUCACGUUGUCAAUGAUGGCAAUACAAUUGUCGGAGUCAUUCCAUUUCCCACCCCAUUCAACAUUUUCCACAAGCCUUCCUCCUCCAGAGCUCGUUUUCAUUUUGGACUCUCUUCGUCCUCGAAAGCCUUUGAUGAAAAUGUAGAUCUUUACAAAAACAAAGUUACUACUCCUCCUCUAAAAAAACACCUUAGAAGGAUCCUCCGACAAGAACAUUGCGAAUCAAUUUGCCUUACUGAAACUCCGAGAAACAUAGCCACUGCUAACUCCAAGGUUGAAAAGGUCACUCAACAAGUCGCAUGUCUUGAUUCAAAACUUGAACCUGUUCUCAAAUCUCUUUCUGAGAUCAAGGCUGCUACUCCAUCUAAACUUGAUCAUGCUAAUUAA